AUCAACUUUGGAUUAAUCUAAUAGACAUCGUCUAGGAUCUUCUGGGAAAAUGAAAUUCUUCGUCAUUGCCUUCGCUGUGAUCGCAGCUGCUUCGGCGGCUUCUAUUGCCACGGAUUACCUGCCACCCGUGGACAACAACCUGGAGGCUGCCUCCGAGGUGGUCGAGCUUCCCGCCGACCAGGGCGCCCUUGCCGACGAUGGAUACCGCUACAAGACCGUGCGCCGCCUUAAGCUCCGCCACCGCCGCGAUGUGAACGAGCUGUCUGCUGAGUACCUGCCUCCUGUGGAGGAGGCUUCCGAGGCUGUGGCCGUCGAGACUCCCCUGGCUGAUGAUGGCUACCGUUACAAGACCGUCCGCCGUGUGAUCCGUCGCCGUCGUGACGUCAACGAGCUGCCUUCCGGAGAGUACCUGCCCCCAUCUGAGGAGAUCGCUGUUGCCCCCGCCGCCACCGAGGAGUCCGCUGUCUUGGCUGAUGAUGGUUACCGUUACAAGACCGUCCGCCGUGUGAUCCGUCGCCGUCGUGACGUCAACGAGCUGCCCUCUGCCGAAUACCUGCCCCCUGUGGAGGCUGCUUCCGACGAGGUUGCCGUCGAGACUCCCCUGGCUGCUGAUGGAUACCGUUACAAGACCGUCCGCCGUGUGAUCCGUCGCCGUCGUGAUGUCAACGAGCUGCCCUCUGCCGAAUACCUGCCCCCUGUGCAGGCUGCUUCCGAAGAGGUUGCCGUCGAGACUCCCCUGGCUGAUGAUGGAUACCGUUACAAGACCGUCCGCCGUGUGAUCCGUCGUCGUCGUGACGUCAACGAGCUGCCUUCCGGAGAGUACCUGCCCCCAUCUGAGGAGAUCGCUGUUGCCCCCGCCGCCACCGAGGAGUCCGCUGUCUUGGCUGAUGAUGGUUACCGUUACAAGACCGUCCGCCGUGUGAUCCGUCGCCGUCGUGACGUCAACGAGCUGCCCUCUGCCGAAUACCUGCCCCCUGUGGAGGCUGCUUCCGACGAGGUUGCCGUCGAGACUCCCCUGGCUGCUGAUGGAUACCGUUACAAGACCGUCCGCCGUGUGAUCCGUCGCCGUCGUGACGUCAACGAGCUGCCCUCUGCCGAAUACCUGCCCCCUGUGGAGGCUGCUUCCGACGAGGUUGCCGUCGAGACUCCCCUGGCUGCUGAUGGAUACCGUUACAAGACCGUCCGCCGUGUGAUCCGUCGUCGUCGUGAUGUCAACGAGCUGCCCUCCGCUGAGUACCUGCCCCCUGUUGAGGAGGCCGCCGCUUCCGCCGUCAUCGAUGUGCCCGCCGAGGCCACCGUCCUGGCCGCCGAUGGCUACCGUUACAAGACCGUGCGCCGCCUGAAGCUCCGCCGUCACUAAGAAGCCGACUGGCUACCACCACCUACCCACCCACAGCACUAUCGAUUGAGAUUGUCGAGGAUGUUCCCAGAAGAAGUCCUGCAACCGAAAGUCUCAUUAAGACACUAACCAUAAGUCGAUCGUAUUAGUCAAUUUGAAUCCGUCAUGACAAAUCCCAGUACAAACACGAAUUAACA